AUGGAUACAAAUGGAGUCAGAGAUAAGGCCUUAGAUCGUUUCUUAAGAUGGAAGAAAGAAACAAUGCCGAGUUUGAUUAAUGAAGUCGAGUCAGGAUAUCUUAUACAAAUCCGCCUUUUAAGACAUAGUUAUGACCCCACUCAGUUGGAAAAUGAUCGAUUUUCUGGUGAGGAACUUGACCACAUGCUGAAACAACCUGUGUCUCCUCUGAGAUCUUCUCCUCUGAGGUCUCCAAAGAGGAUAAUCAAACUGAAGGACCUCGAGGACAUAAGCUCAGAAGAGCUUGACUAUGAAGACCACACAGAUAGUUCUUCCUCAUAUUCUUCUUCAUCUAGCUCCUCAUCAUCCAGUACAUCUUCUAGUGACUCUAGAAUUGAACCUAGGAAAAAUCUAUCCACUGGCACUCGGAAACGUAAACGUGCCUGGAAAGUUUCACAUUUGUCAUCUUCCAGUGAUAGUGGAUCUGAAAACGAAUCAUCUGUACCUGAAAAGAAGAACAAAUUAGUAAUGAAUGAUGAUGAAAAUAACAAAUCUAAAAAUACUAAGAAAGAGUGCAGAAUAAAUGUGGUACGCGAAAAAGAAUAUGGAGAUAAGAAAAAAUGCAAAACAAAAUUCAGAUGUAAGUAA